UUUGCUGGAUAAGAACAUGCACAUUGCAUAGUCAAGGCAACUAAGAAGCAUGUCUUAUUUUGUAUCUUCAGAUAGAGCCUUCUCUUCUACCUGCGAAACAGAAACCUCUCCAUCUCCGCGCCGGCGCCGGCAGCUCACGACCAGGGGUCCCGCCACUUCAGCUCUCGGGGGGUGCAAUUCCUCGCUCUGCCUCUGCCUCGAUCUCUCGCAGUCCCUGGGUCGUCCUUCUCGCUGUUUCUCUACAUUGUAUGCGUGCCAUGGACGUGUCUAAAGGUACCAAAGGAUGCGUUUUUCUGUGCCGGCCGUUGUCUGAAAUGGAAUUUUGUGUGUGCUUUCCCUGUGCUUCGCGCUAAUAAUCGUCGGGGUAGCACCACGACCACCGAAUAAACUGAUCAUGAUUAUAAAGCAUUAUUGUUUUCUCCUGCGACCUCGAAAACGACCCGACCAGCGGAGGGCGAUGUAACAAGUCGUGGACGAAUAACGAGCAGUGCCACACAUGAUGGAAAUUUCUCGCCCGACGCGGGAUCGCUCUCUGCUGCUUGGACGCAAUGGCUCCGUGGUGUGACUUCAUCGGUCGGGGAACUGGACGGCGUGGUUUGGUGCGACAGAAAAGUUUCCUAUCUGUAUCAUUCUACGUCCAUCACGGAAGGUCCGCAUGCCCGCAGGCGAUAAAAACACAAAGCAUCUACACGGACAGCACGGUAGAGACUGGUCGAAGCAGCUGCCUAUAGCCGUAGCGAUCAACUACCAGCGGCGACCUAGCUCAUCAGAACUUCGAUGGGCGGCGGAUCUCGAAGAUUCGGCGCCGGUGCCAAUGGUGAAUCACCAGGUGCUUUACCUCGGUAAAAAGCUAAAGAUUCGAAACCAGAGAACUGCGUCGAGGAUAGCUGCAGACACCGACACGAGAAGCACAGUUUCACAUCAUGCGAGUAGAACAAAUGAGAAGUAUGUUAAUUCGCCGUCAACGAGAACGUCAUCUUCUGCUGCAUCAGAAGGGUCAAGAAUUGUAGAAGUCCCAUCAAUUUGUCAUCUUCCAGUAGACAAGAUGAAGAACAUGCUAUCGAGGACAUCAAAGACAAAGCUGAUGCUGCGCGUUAAAACCCCAUUGAAAAUGGCCUCGGAAACAUCGCUGCUUUUGGCAACUUUCGUCUUCACAAACAUUCCAUAGAGUUCGAGACGCGGGCUGACGCGGUAGCAUUUGCCCAGACGCGGCUGUGUCAUUGGGUCCACGCGAAGAGGACUGGAAAGUCGACAUGUGCACAUCGCCAGAAUGGGGUGUGGUCUCGGCUUUCAUCAAAGAACACGGCUAUUGGAGUGACUGUCCUGAAUUAUCCGAAGCGUGGAAGACAAGAAUAUUCUCUGCUGAUAAUAAAGCAAGAGUGGGCCGUCGUCGUCGUCGUCGUCAUACGGAAGACGAGAUGCAGCCGCGGACGGCGAAAGUGUACAUGGGCGUCGGUGGUAAUCUUGGCGAGUGCGUUGCCCACAUGCUCACCGCAAUUGCGGAAUUAGAGGGGGUGCUCGAAUUUGAACCUCAUCCGGUAAACCUGUUCCGCAUGACGUCGACAGUGCUACGCAUGCCUUACGAAUUUCGACGAAAAGUUGUGGUCUUUCCAGUCGGAAUGGGUCGGACCGCUAAUGUCCGUUCUCGCAUCGACUAACGAGGGAAAUGGCGCGGUGGUAAAUUACGACGACGAGGAUGACGACGAGAGGCUAGAGAAACAGUGCAGUGAAACUGAUGAC